GCUGCUGACAUGGCCGCCCCCUAUUCCGGGGACCCUGGCAAAGCAAGUCUGCCACCGCCUCCUGUACCUGCUCCCGGUGCCGUCCUGCCCCAGGAGCUGCCCUUCCCCGACAUCUACGGCGGCGACGCGCAGCUCUGGGAGGCGCACUUCCGCGGCAUCGGGCGCGCCUACCGCGCGCUGGGCAAGGAGGACGACUUCGCCAUCCGCGUGCUCACCGAGGACUUCACGCUGCCCUUCCCCUACGCCUGGCCGCCCGGGCCCGACCCGGCCCGCGGGCCGCUCUUCUACGACCCGCACGACCGCACCGGCUUCGACUUCCUGCUGCGGGGCCCCGGCGCCCCACCGCCCGCGCUGCUGCGGCCCCUGCACCACGCGGCCCAGGCGGCCCUGCGCAAGCAGCACCUGGAGCGCCUGGCCUUCAGCUACGCGCAGGCGGGCGGCCCGCGGCCCGGCCUGGUGCUCCUGGCGCCGGGACCUGCCGCCGCCGCCUUCCCGGGGCCCCCGGGGCCUGAGCCCGCCACCUCCGGGGGGGCUGCCCCCAGGCUGGGCCAGCCCUGCGGCCCCUGAGAGGUAAUAAAGAAUUGUUUCCGCU